AUUCAGGCAGUUGUUCAUGUGAUAAUAUCAGCACUCUCAUUUUUUGUAGCGGUGAAGACUCAGACAUUUGAAAGAUGUGCUUUCUGCUCUGCUGCAAUAGGCUUCGUCUCUCUUAUAAUUGGAGAAUUAGGUCGAAAGCGUAGCAGAUCAAACUGUUUAAAGUUGUAUGUGUUCGGAUCAUCAGUAGUUGUGCUAUUUCCUGCUACAUGUUUUGCCAUGAGCCAGAAUCCUUUGGAGGUUCUUCAAAAUUUCAAUAGCUUGAUGCCUCCAAAUAUUGAAGUCCUGAAGAUUGGUGCUAUUAUGCUCGGAUUUUUGG